ACAUCUUGAAUAAGGUUUCAGAUCCCUUUCCUUCCCGGAGCAAGGCACUACUGUAUUAUCGUAGAGCCAAGGAUCUGUGUGCGGAGUCGUGUGUGCCCCCACCCUAUGGACUGUCAUCAGCUCUCGUCAUGUGCUGCUCUUCCCAGGCAUGUGACUCCAGUUGUAAGCCAUCAAUGUUACACAGAACUCACGAUAGGCAGAAGGGACAGAACAUGUGUUAUAACUCUGACAAUUUCAUAUAGCCGCCCAUUCGAUUCGAGCUACGUGAGCUCGAAGCAGCAGCUGAGCACACACACACACACACACACACAGCACAAGAUAACACAGUACUCCAUCCCAGUUAGGUGCCCAUUGCACGCCAUCCAUCUAUCCCAGUCGACCCAUUCGGCCCCUGAACAUGCUCCAGGGGAGCUAAUAACUUGCUUGAAAGCGACAAAGGAGACAAAAGCAAAGGUAAAGCAAAGUCUAUACUGCACGCACGCUGUUCUAUACAUACAUAAACGCAUCACCGCAAGGCGAUGGCAAUCCAACACUCAGAAAACUGAAGAAGCCUCCCAGCCCGUGAAAGUCCCGGUAUGAUAAGUAAACAAGUAGGCAAGUGGAGAUCUCGAGGCCCAUCCAUCCAUUGUUUGAGGAGGGCUCGAGUGAUAUUAUCGAAGUAAGGUGAGUUUGGGCUUCGUCCGU